AUGGUAGAAGUGAUUCCUAAUACAUAUAUUAUUGAUAAUGUUAUAAAUAACUUCAAAGAACCUAUAUACCUUGUGACACUGUAUGGAUGCACAUCAAAAAGUAGCCGAGACCUAGUGCUAGUCUACGAGUAUAUACCGAAUGGAACAGUGGCUGAUCAUUUGCACGGAAAAAGGGCGAAGUCUGGCUUGCUAUCUUGGCCAAUUCGGUUGAAUAUUGCCAUUGAAACAGCGGAUGCACUAACUUAUCUCCAUAAAUCGGACAUCGUGCAUCGUGAUGUAAAAACCAACAACAUUCUCCUGGACAAUGAUUUCCAUGUAAAAGUUGCUGAUUUUGGGUUGUCCAGAAUAUUCCCGAAUGACGUGACACACGUGUCGACUGCUCCACAAGGGACUCCUGGCUAUGUUGACCCCGAAUACUACCAAUGCUACAAACUCACAGAAAAGAGUGACGUUUAUAGUUUUGGGGUGGUUUUGAUUGAACUCAUGUCUUCAUUACAAGCUGUGGAUACCAACAGACACCGUCACGAUAUCAACUUAUCCAACAUGGCUAUCAACAAAAUUCAAAAUCGUACGUUGCAUGAUUUGGUUGAUCAGAGUCUCGGAUUUGAGAGGGAUUGUACUACGAGAAGGAUGAUUACACUUGUUGCAGAGUUGGCAUUUCGGUGUUUGCAGCAGGAAAGAGAUAUGAGGCCUUCAAUGGAAGAAGUACUAGAGACUUUACGAGCAAUUCAGAAUGAAAAGUUGAACACUCACAAGGUCGAGGUUGUAGACAUUUCUGUCGACGAUGAGAUAGCGCUUUUGACCGGCAGCAUUUCCCCGCCUUCACCUAUUUCAGUAUUCACCGAUAAAUAGCAUUUUUGAUUCUGCUUAAAAGUCAUUCUUCUAAAAAGCAAGUUAUAAUCGUACUUUCUAGAAAAGUAAGUUUCAUCGACUUACAUUUGACUUUUGAGUAAAACCAAACAGCUUGCAUUUCUCUAAUUUUAAUUCAUGUAAUCGAAGUAUGCUUUUGAUUUGCUUA